AUGGUGGAGGAUCUAGCUUACCGUGGCGUCGAUUCAAUCGGGGUUUAUGAUGAUGGCGAGCUGCCGGACAUCUCGCUUUGCUCCAAAUGUCUAGAAUGUCACCAGGUUUAUGCACCAUGCACUCCUUCCAAAUCCCUUCCUGUUGAUGCGGUAUCACUUCCUGCUCGGUCAAUCAAGUCGGGGAUCACUGGUGCAUUAUCACUCCAUGAUUACCGAAAAUAUCUCUCGCAGUCCGCAGAGCCCGUCGACGAUCUUGUCGAUCGUUCAGAAAAAACGCUGAGACGAAAGACUGCAAAUUCAAAUUUGAAUUGUCCAACGGUACUCACAUCGCUCCCUUCAUCCGCGGUCUCUGUUUGUUCGGUGGCAUCUACUCCCCCACCACUAUCGCCCUCUUAUUCGCACAGCGUUAUCUCGCAGCGAAGUGAGCAGGAGCCCGAGGUUUCAGAGCCUGCGACUGGUGGCUAUCAACCCCAGGCUCCACGAGUUCAUCUUGUCUCAGAGCACGCUACCCGUCCAAGACCAAACAGGAAGCGAUUGAAUACUUUCCGUGAAAAGCUUCAACGCGCCCAAACUCGGGCGCAGGCUCAACACCCGCCUCUGUCUCGCCCCCAAGCAUCCGCCUCGAUGCUGGCCAACACGCAGGCCGUCGCCACCAUCUCCCAUGGCGGGACAUCCUUCGAGAUUCUAAACCCACGGAGAUCCCUGAGACGUCGCCCGGAUCAUCAAACAUUUGAUCGGACAUCGCUCUCUCAGUUCACGGAUGCUUCACUACCAUCUCAUUACUCUUCGCACUCUCUUUAUACCUCUUUACCUGCAAGCCACUCAACGCCCAAGAUGCAAACCACAGAUAUCCCCUCAUCGUCACCCGGAGUGCACGAUCGAGUCCGCUCGCUCUCCGAUUACUCUCUCCGCGAGCAUAACUACUGGUCCCAGAACCAGCAACACCACGCCGAGCAACAUCACUUUGGAAGCUAUCCUGAUAUUGAUGAGGCAGAUCAAGAUGAAUGCCACGAUUUCUCCAGUUCUCCACGACCCCCAUCCUCUUCUCAGCCUACCUUCUACUCCGAAGAAAGCGAGAUCGGAGAGCCCGGAUCUCCUGUCUACGCAAACGGAGAAUGGGCCCAGGUCGACGAGCGUGACCGCGGUAUCUUCUACGACCUGCCUCAGGAUUCUUCUUAUGAGCUCCCAACACCUUCCGAUCUACCCUCACCUACCGAUCUCCCCGCCCCAUACAACACCUACUAUGCCAACACAAUGAAUCAUAACCAACACUAUGACCCCUACGAUCCAAUCUUCGACCCCCAUGUCCAAUCCGUGCUGGCCGCGGCCAACGCAGAGACCAUGGGCCUCCGCGGGCACCCUGCUCGCGCGCUAGACGACUUGCAGCGGAGGUUCCAUAGCUCACUCUCUCUUGGCGGCGAGGACCGCAAGAACGAGGAGCGAAAGUCAUUUUCCCAGCGAAACAAGCUUCGAAAGCUUUUUAGUUGGCGGUCUGGGGCCUGA